AUGUACAGCAAACACUCGGUUGUAGUUCCGAUGAAGCAGAAAAGCGAGGUGGCCAAGGUCACUAAGCGCGUGAUCAAUCGGUUGAAGUUGCAAUCGGGAAAGCAGCUCAAGUCGGUGCGGACGGACCGGAGUAAGAAGUACGUGAACAAGGCCCUCAAGGUCGUGUUCGGGGGCAAGGGGACGGUUUACGAGAAAACCGCCCUCUAUAGUGCCGAGCAGAAUGGGUCGGCGGAACGGAGUCAACCGGGGAAAAAGAAGACCCGGGCGAUGCUUGGGCUCCAAAGAGUUCUGGGCGGAAGCCGGGGUGACGGCCAACUACACCGGGAACCGGACGCCC